AUGCACGCUCCAGUGGGAGUGCUUGUGGCCUGGUGUGUGCUCGCAGUAACCGUGGCGCUCAGCUCCGUUAGCGGACAGGCGAUGGACUACGACAGCGCCAUCGAGAACAUCCUGGAGACGUUCGAGACGCUCGGACGGGGUGCGAAUGACGUCACGUCUGGCGUCAUAAGUGACGAGCCGGCAAGCGGAGCUGACUACCAGGCUUCUGACGCCGCCGGCCGUCUCCGUGUGUCCCGGUCCUGGCCGCCCAGAACCGCACCGCCGGACGCGCUCCAGCUGUGGCCGGACGCCGUCAUCCCCUACGUCAUCUCCUUCAACUACAGCAGCGCCGAGCUCGCCGUCAUCACGCGCGUCUUCCGGCUGUUCGAGCAGACCACCUGCCUCCGCCUGGUGCCACGCACACACCAGCGCGACUACGUCCACGUGAACCCCUCCGGUCGCUGCAGCGGCAAGGUGGGCCGCGUCGGUGGCCGGCAGCGCAUCAGCAUGCCGCACUGGUGCCUCAACUUCGGCAACGUCGCGCACGAGCUGAUGCACGCGGCCGGCUUCUGGCACGAGCAGCAGCGGCCCGACCGCGACCGCUUCGUCACCGUGCUCUGGGAGAACAUCAAGCCGCGCUACCGCGAGGCCGACUACGCGCGGAAGGCGUGGAGCGACAUGGGCGAAGGGAGCUGGCGCGGGCCCUACGACUACCACUCGAUCCUGCACUACUCGGACAGGGGGUCGGCCAUCGACGCCGCGCACCCGUCGAUGGUGGCGAAGCGGGCUGGGGUUCGGGUCGGCGGGAGAGGCAACCUGACCGACAUCGACAUAUGGAAGCUGAACGCGCAGUACCACUGCUGGGGGAGGCCGGAGCGUGAGCACGGCAGGGUGGUCAUCUCGCUGGAAGACCUGCGGAAGCAUCGGGAGAACACGCGCGUCCGACAGGGAUUUAACGAGGUGGAAGGGCGCAGAGACCACUUGUUGGACGAGCACCACCUUGGCGUGUUGGGUGCCUCCCGGAAGUACAGGCUCCAUGCGCCGUUCUUCCCUCGGAGGUACAGGACCGGCAAGCCAGGGUUUUUCUAG